AUGGCUGCAAUGUCGAAUCGCUUCUCUGUUUAUUCGAGUGCUUCUGCUGUCCCGGCUUCCGGGGGCGCCAGUUCCCGUUCGGCGGCCCAGGUGUCGACAACGACUCUCCUCAAUGCCCUCCACUCGUCCUAUUCCUCGGGCCAGCCUUAUCAGCUCGAGUCUGGAACAAGUCUGGUCGUGAAUACAUGGGUUACAGCUACCAACCAGGGCGCGAAUGGCAAUGGUGGAGGAACCGUUGACAGUGAGUUGGCUCGACGAGCAUGGGAACAUGCAAGAAGAAGAGCCGAAGACGGCUGCAUUGUUUUAUGCUCGGUGAUAGAGGUUGCUAACUCUGGUGACAGCUCUCUUCAUCGUUCAACACCGUCACUCCUCACUCCUUUCCUCUCCGUCAUACCUCUGUCGACUCCUGAAAUAGUCUAUACGGCUCUCACCGCCAUUCGUCCCUUUGUGUCGGCGGUAACGCCAUUCAACCCUUCGUAUUCUCUCUACUCAUCUCUUGCCGUCUCCUACACAUUUACUCUGGGCGGUACCGUAACUGGCCUUACCAUUUCGUUGUCGACUUCGGGUAUCAACGUCAGCAGAGGCCUGCUGGAUAUUCCCGCUGAAGCCGGCUUCCGUGCCUUUGACGUCCUCUACUACUUGCUCAACUCUUCCUCUAGUCAAGCGGAGAGAGAGUAUCUCAGCCUCAAGGAUCCAUCGGCAUAUGCACUGCUCAACAAAUCGGGUACAUAUACGCCCCCGUCGUACUUGCCAACGGCCGACGACGCUGCUUCUGCCGAGGAUUUCCGCUCCGCUCUCAAAGCAAUUGGCAUCAAAGGAGCGUCACACAGAGGGUUGAUCUCGGUUCUAGCGGGCCUUCUGAAACUCGGGAAUACGGUGGGCUUCCUAGUCGACCAAGAGGAACUGGAAGAGGUCUGUGAGGAAGCAGCUGAGCUUCUCGGCAUCGAUCCUGAGAUUCUUCUCCACAAAUGCACCACCGACGAGCGUCAGAUUCUACUCUCGGGAAUUUACGAAGCAGUGGUGGACUGGGUGAUCCAAAAGGCCAACGAGGCAAUAGCCAAUGAACUUCGAAACGCCCAGGAGAAUGGAUCCAGCGACGGUGGUAAUCAUGGCCAUUGGAAUGGCGAGGAUACUGGGGAUACUGUGAGCCUAACGAUCAUUGAUAUUCCAAGCCCCCCUCUGGGUAAAGCCGUCGCCCUUCGGGGUGUUUUCGAUGACACUCUGGGUAUCAAUGCGGAAAUGAAAGAGGAUGGACUUGAAAUCGUGGCACCCGGUCAUUCAGUCAUUAAUGAAAUGAAGAGUGCGGUAGCUGAGGUGGAAGCUGAUUUGGGUAUCUCCGGUGGAGCUGCCGCCCGUGAACGGGAGCACGCCAAUGACAGGAGACAGGGUGUUUUGGAAAAGGUCGGGGUCGAGGUCGAGAUGGGAGGUUUCCUCCGGGAUGUCCUAUUCCCUGACGAGAACGAGGGUAUCACUGUAGGCAGGAGAGGCCGGUUUGAUCUUGCUGCGACCCUUGGCAGCAGCAGGGUUUGGUAUCACCUCGCUCUUCACCCCACUGAUGAUUCUCCCGAAAGCCUGGCCAAUCUGCCAUCCCCGACGUCCGCUUGGUCCGCUGGUGCCGUAUCCCGUCAAUUGCGGGACUGGAGGUUGCCAGAGUGGGCCAACCGUCGUCACAAGCACCUCGAUUACACCGCCGACUUCGAUGUGGAUGAGUUCGUCACUCGAUAUGCUCGCCUCGGAUGCAAGGAAGGCAAAGACGGGGUCGAGAAUUGGAUUCUUGAGCGAGGCUGGAGUAACGGUGACGUAGUAGUAGGCCAUGAGAGGAUAUGGAUGAGAGAAAACGCCUGGUGGGAAGCGGAGACGAUGCUUGAUAUGAAGCCAGAUGAGAAUCCUUUCAUGAUGGGAGCUAAUCCUUUUGAAAGUGGCUAUUCCUCAGCUCCCCCCAAUCCAAACGGAUCUGGCUUCUUUCCCCAGGGCGGGGAAUCCGCGAGCCUGCUCGGAAGCCGUGAUAAUCUGGUGAACAACGCUGCGGGAGGUGCUCGUUCGAUCGCUCCGACUGUGCCUCGCUCUACUAGGGGUGACUACGGACUUGGUCCCAAGGGAGAUGAUCGAAAGGAUGAUGAGUACGAUGGCGACAUUGGUCGGUACACUGGCGAACUGGAUGCCGAGUAUGGCGAUCCCAAACAUAUCGAGAAAAAGAAUAUCAGCACUGGCCGGCGUGUUUGGGUCGCUUUCGUCUGGGCAAUGACCUGGUGGAUCCCAUCCUUCCUUCUGCGCUAUGUUGGUCGAAUGAAACGUCCUGAUGUGCGGAUGGCCUGGCGAGAGAAGGUGACUCUCAUGUUCCUUAUCCUUCUUUUCAACGCCAUCGUCAUCUUUUACAUUGUCGAAUUUGGCAAUCUCCUUUGUCCCAACAAAGACAAGGUCUGGAACGCGAAAGAAGUCAGCUAUCAUACAGGUGACAAUGACUUCUAUGUCAGUAUUCACGGCGUCGUCUACGAUAUCAGCACAUUUUGGAGACUUCAGCAUAGUGAUACGGCUAUUCAAACCUCAGCCUCGAACAUGCAGCCCUUUGCGGGUCAGAUUCUUGAUGCCUACUUUCCUCCUCCCCUUACUCAGGCCUGCCCGCCUUUCGUGACGGACGAGUCUAUUUCCCUGCAGAACAAUAAUACGGCCGCCAUUCAGUACCCUGACGCGGUUCACACUUCCGGCCCCAUUCUUCAGCCGAAUCCAGAUACGGCGUUGCACCAAAUCACCUGGUAUGACAAGGUAUUUCGGCCAAAAAUCAAACAAUACUACAAGGGUUCUUUGGUAUGGUCAAAGGAGACCAUUCAACAGCAGGCAAACAACAACCAGAGAUACUGGGUGAUCCUCAAUAAUAAGGUAUAUGAUUUGACCAAUUAUUUCUACACCCUGAAGCUGGAGAAUAAUCUCGCCACGUACAAUUUUCUUCCGAGUGGUGUGACAAAGCUCUUCCAAGACUAUCCGGGUGGUGACAUCACAGACAAAUGGCAAGACUCAGUCCAGUUUGAGAAUGCACUCAACUGCCUCAACAACGCGUUUUAUGUUGGCGAAGUCGAUUUUAGAGACACUCCGAGGUGCACAGUAAACAACUGGAUUUUGCUGUCUUUCACGAUCCUUAUCUGCUGUGUGAUCCUUGUCAAGUUCCUGGCUGCGCUUCAACUCGGCUCGAAACGACGUCCUGCUCCACAAGACAAGUUUGUCAUCUGCCAGGUUCCUGCCUAUACCGAAGGCGAAGAUCAGCUUCGCAAAGGCUUGGACUCCCUUACGGCCCUUCAGUACGACAACAAGCGGAAAUUGAUCUGUGUCAUCUGCGAUGGAAUGAUUGUCGGCAGUGGUAAUGACCGUCCAACGCCAAAAAUUGUCCUCGAUAUUCUGGGAGUGGACCCGAAAAUUGAUCCUCCGGCCUUGCCGUUCAAAUCCGUUGGGCAAGGGAGCGACCAACUCAACUAUGGCAAAGUGUAUUCUGGCCUGUAUGAAUACGAGGGCAAUGUGGUUCCAUACAUUGUUAUCGUGAAGGUUGGCAAGGAGUCUGAGCAGACUAGAUCGAAGCCUGGAAACCGCGGCAAACGCGACUCUCAGAUCCUUCUCCUCAACUUCCUGAACCGGGUCCACCACCGCGCUCCGAUGUCGCCGCUCGAAUUGGAGAUGUUUCACCAAAUCAACAAUGUGAUCGGUGUCGACCCCGAAUUGUAUGAGUAUCUGCUCAUGGUGGACGCUGAUACCAGCGUUAAGGAAGAUUCCCUUAACCGUCUGGUUGCCGCUUGUGCAGCGGACGCCAAGAUUGCAGGUAUUUGUGGUGAAACGAGUCUCCAGAAUGAAGAGCGGAGUUGGUGGACCAUGAUCCAGGUCUAUGAGUACUACAUCUCCCACCACUUGGCCAAGGCGUUCGAGUCUCUCUUCGGCAGUGUCACCUGUCUUCCGGGAUGUUUCUGCAUGUAUCGUCUUCGAACCGCAGAUAAAGGCCGCCCUUUGAUCAUCUCGGAUAAGGUUAUUCAAGAAUACGCUGAUAUCGACGUUGACACGCUGCACAAGAAGAACCUGUUGUCUCUCGGAGAAGACCGUUAUCUCACCACUCUGAUGACCAAGCACUUCCCAAAUAUGUCUUACAAGUUCCUUCCUGACGCCUACGCCAGCACUGCCGCCCCUGAAACAUGGAGUGUUCUGCUCUCCCAGAGGCGUCGUUGGAUCAACUCUACUGUGCAUAACUUGGUGGAGCUGGCUGCACUGAAGGACUUGUGCGGUUUCUGUUGCUUCAGUAUGCGGUUUGUCGUCUUGGUUGAUCUCUUGGGAACGGUCAUUCUCCCAGCGACUUGCGUAUACUUGGGCUAUCUGAUCUACACCGUUGCGACCCACAAAGGCCAGUUCCCCCUGAUCUCCAUUGUCAUCCUUGCUGGUGUCUACGGCUUGCAAGCGGUCAUCUUUAUUAUCAAGCGGCAAUGGCAGCACAUCGGGUGGAUGCUUAUUUACAUCUGCGCCUAUCCAAUUUACAGUUUUAUCCUGCCGCUCUACUCCUUCUGGAAACAGGACGACUUUACCUGGGGUAACACCCGUAUCGUCAUUGGUGAGAAGGGAGACAAACGCGUGGUGGCGGUCGAGGACGAAGGCUUCGAUCCGAGAAGCAUCCCUCUCCAACGGUGGGAUGAUUAUGCUCUGGCCAACAAUCUCCCGGGCCGGCGCGGCAAUGCAGAUCUCGGCGAGGAGAAGUAUUAUCAGGCUCCAUAUACCGACGAUGCAGCGAUGGAAAUGGAUGACAUGCAUUCGAUGUAUUCUUCCGUCAAGCCGGCAUCGACUAUCCUGACCGGCUUCCCAGGUCAAGGCCGAGGUGCGGGUCCAUAUAUGCCACCACAGUCGCCUGCUCCAUUUGGCGGUAACGUGCCUGGCAACCGGAACUCGCAAUUUACUAGCUUCACUAGAUACACCGAUCAGCCGCAACCUGGUGGACACAACCAACGCCACAUGUCUAUGGGAAACUUGAGCCACUAUCAAGACAACCCAGCUAAUACGAGCAGAUUGAGUAUGCCGAUGAUGCAAAGCUCCGAGAACCUGCUUGGAGGGGCUCGCCGGCAGAGCUCACGCAGUCCCUUGGGUGGUUAUAACUCCAGGCCUGUGAGCACUGCGCUUGACUUCAGGGGAGGACCUGGGAAUGGACCGGAUGACAAUACGAUCAUUGAGGCGAUUCGUACCUGCCUGGCUGAAGUCGACCUCGACAACAUCACGAAGAAGCAAGUGAGGGCUCUUGUGGAGCAACGGCUUCAGACUGCACUGGUUGGCGAGAGACGGGCAUUCCUUGACCGACAAAUCGACCAGGAACUCGCCAAUAUGUGA